GACGUUUUUGCAGAAGGCGAUCCAGCAGCAGGGGAGGGGGCAGGUGAUGGACACGAUCAUGGAGAUCCAGGAGCGGCACGACGCGGUGAAGGAGAUGGAGAGGAAUCUGAUGGAGCUGCAUCAGGUGUUUCUGGAUAUGGCGGUGCUGGUGCAGAGCCAGGGGGAGCAGCUCGAUGACAUCGAGAGUCAGGUCAAUCGGGCUAGCUCGUUCGUGAGGGGCGGGACGGAGCAGCUUCAGGUUGCCAGGAAGCACCAGAAGAAUACUAGGAAAUGGGCGUGUUUUGGGAUUAUUUUGCUGCUUAUUAUUAUUUUGAUCAUCGUUCUUUCCUUACGGCCAUGGCAGAAGUGAUCGUCAUCAUUCUUUUUAUUUUGUUGAUUGUGUUUUAUCUUUUGUGCAAUAUGAUUCUUCAUUUUUGUUUGUUCAUCGCAUUGUAUUGGAUAUACUAUAUUACACUAUUUCUUUUGUUGAUA